UCGGUCAGUAAAGAUGGAGACAGGCGGAGCGUAUGGGGGUGGAAAGGCGGGUGCUCCGUUUGAUCCUAUACAAUUUGUACAGAGGCCGCAAGUUAUUUUGAGAGCAGCAUGUUUGCUGUUCGCAAUAAUUGUAUUUGGAUGUAUUUCGUCUCAAGGCUACAGGUUUGAUCGUGAAACUAAGAAAGAUGUUUGCCUAUAUAAUGAAGAUACCAAUGCCUGCAACUAUGGUGUUGGAAUUGGAGUUAUAGCAUUUCUUGCUUCAAUCGGUUUUCUUGUCGGAGAAUUCAUGUUUGAGCAAAUGUCUUCAGUCAAGACUCGAAAGCACUAUGUGCUUGCUGAUUUGGGAUUUUCAGGUUUAUGGACAUUUUUGUAUUUUGUCGGCUUUUGUUACUUAACAAAUCAGUGGAGCCAGUCAAGCACGCCGCAAGGAGGAAUUGGAGUCAAUGACGUUCAAGCUGCCAUUGCCUUCUCCUUCUUUUCUAUUUUUACUUGGGCAGGCUGUGCGUGGUUUGCUUACCAGCGAUUCCGCCAGGGAAGUGAUGCUGCAUUCAAUCCCAGUUAUGAAGCUGAUCCAGGCUCUGUUCCUGGAGGUGCUCCAUAUUCCUCAUAUCCUGUCAGUCAGGAUGUUGAUGGGGCUUACCAGGAUCCACCAUUUUCGGCUAAUCAGACAAGGGGUGCAAUAGGAACAGACUACCAAGCACCGGCCUAUUGAAGCUCAUUGACUUUGGUGUACUCGUGUGUCUUAGAAAGAAAAGUAAAUUGUUGCUGUGCAGUUUUUGUUGGACCUUUUUGUUACGUUCUGCAGACAUUUAGAGCAUUAUAGCUUCAAAUCAUUUUAAAAAACCCAUUGGGUUGUUGUGAUAUCUAAAUGUUCUAGCAUAAUGUAGAUGUUUUAAUCAUAACUAAUAUCUUUAUGAUUGGAGGUCAAUAAACUGUUAUUGUUCUGACAGUUACAGUUGAAGGUUAGGGUAGCUGGUUGACAUAAAUUGUGGUAUAGAUAUGCAGUGAAAUGCUAAAAGUACGAGCAGUUGCUUACGUUAAGUUUCUUAGAGGACAGUGGUGUGAACCUUGAUUAGUGUUUGUUUUCAGAGUUACUACCUGACCUCAUAUAGAUCGUUGUUUACAAUGUUUUGCUGCAGCUCUCGUAUUGAAGUUUUGCCUCAUGAGUUAUGAAGAUGCCAUGCCAUGGUUCCAUACGCAUCAUUCUCAUUGUAGUUUCUUAGCUUUUGCCAUCCUUAGCUUUGAAUGUUAUUACAAAAUAUUUUAAGUCCUUAUUUAAUCUCUUUAGUUUCUUAACACAAUAGUAAUAAGUACUAAAUGAAAGCUUAGGUCAUUAUCUUAAACAUAUGAAUAAAUUAUCAAAUUUCUCGUUAUGCAGGAGACGAUUACAAAACUGCGUUUGACCGUAUUAUCGAAAAGGCUAAACAGUUAAUAGACUUAAUACGUGGCCUCUUUGUAAACAAAUGCCAUUGUAAAUGGUCACUGCUGAAGUUCAUGCAAGCAUUCCCGUUAAGACUAUUAGUGAGAAUGCUGUUGGAACAUUCUGAGUACAUAUGUUAAUAUCCUGCCUUUAUUUUAAAAAUUAAUAAUCAAAUUAAGAGAAAUUGCAAUAGGUAAAAAAAUUCUGAGUGUGUUCUCACUUUCGGAAACAAUUAUUGCAUGCUUGCCACUGUAGUACACACAGAAUGCAUGAAUAUAUAUAUUGUCCACUGUGUACUGUGUUGUUCGUGCUUCAUGGUUGGUAUGAUAUCCUGUAGAACCUCUCUAGUCAGUGACAAUUAGAUCUGGAGAUGAGAAGUUCAUUGCAUUGUUUACAUAAAUUGUUUUAUUUAUUUUUAGAGUUAAUAAACUUAUGUAAUCAAGCCAUCGUCUGUAAAAGUGUAAGUGAAAGGUAUGGCGUUCAAAAUUAGGUUGAGUGCAAGGCAAUGACAUGGGCAUGAAAUGCAAUAAUUUCUUGUACCAAUUUCUGCACUGCAUGUUUGUAGUUAUCUGCAUUUGUUGAAGACUGCCAUUGUUGAAUCCUGUACAAAGUAGGAUACCAUCAUAUUUAAUUUACAAAAGACAUAAGUGAUAAUUCUCUUAAGAGCUAUUUUUACUGGAUAAUGUAAGCUGCAAUUAUCAUAAGUGACAUACAUGUUGAUCUCCAAAAAUUCUGAAAUCAUUGUUGUAUAAUGAAAUGCUUAUAUGUAAAUAUUAUUUUUUAAUGUUAAUGAUCUUUAUUAUGACAUCUAUUAAAUGAAUAAAUUUGAGAGGUAAUCAGUUUGCAUAAAAAGUAGUGUGAAGUUUGUUUCACGUAUUACUUAUCAUUAUUACCUUUCAUAAUUUUGUAUUACGGCGUGGUGACAACGAAGAAUUUUGUGAGCUAGUUCAGUGAAAUUCAUGAAUUAAACUGAAAUUUUCCUUAUGGUUCACAUGCCGAUUAUUUCAACGUAGAGGUGCAAAUGUACUUCGCUUAAAGUAUGUAAUAGUGUUUAAGAUUUUUUUCUGCUGUUCACUUAAUUAUCUACGGUCCCAUUCAAAUAACACAAUUGUUUCACUAGAGCUUCCAGGGAACAGAUGUAGAAGUGCUUUGAGUCCAUGUGUAACAGCACAUGUUCAAGAAUAAUAAAGAUUUCACUAACACUUGCAAAGUACAAAACAUUUCAUAUAUAUACAUAUAUAGAUAUAAAUAUAUAUGUGUGUAAUAUAUAAUAUAUUGCUGACCAAAGAACCAUAGGCUAAUCCUUAGUUAAGUGUAUUGAGCUCUAUCUAGAUAUGGAACUUUCAUGUUAACUGUGCUGCAUGGGUACAUUCUCGGUAACUGUUCUAGCAAGGUUGCAGAUUUGUUUAAUGUGCUUUGCAGUGUGUGCCUUAUUUGAGGUGUGAGAUGUAAGAAGGCUGCAGCAAAAGUUGGUGGUAUUGAGUUUUGACAAUUAGUUGACCUAUUCAGCAGUUACAAUUUUUUAUGAUUUGAAACCUUUUCUCCUCUUUGCAGGCAAUCUUUAGACAGCCAAUUGUGUGUGUAUGUAUGAGUAGUGUAGAAGUGACUUUCAUACAGUGGCUAUAGUUCUGACAGGCAAGUUUUUCUUCCCUGAGAUGGUGCAUCUUAACACACUGAAUGUCUGUAGUACUUAAACUGUGCUCUGCAAAAUUAUUUUGCACAUUUCUUUUAUCUAGUCUGAGAGAGCUUUAGUGAAAAUGAAGUAGGUUAAUGUAUCCAUAGAAAAUAUACGGUCAUAUUUCUGCGUAGAAUGUAGGUCCUCAAUUUGUACAAUGUUUGUGGACCUUUGGGUAGUAAAUAAAAUACAAAGACCAGGCUAUGUCGCCAAGACUAAAAGUUUGCUUAAUUAUGGGUUUUGUAAUGUCGUUGUUAACGCAUUGUUGAAAUAAUUAGACAGUUGUUAAUGGUUAAUCCCCUCUUAAUUUAAUAAAAUAUUUACCCAGAAAUAAAACUGUAGAAAUGAAUUUAAUGCAGUUUACACAAUACGUGAUAUCCUCAACCUGGUGGCCUAUUCCAAAAAUAAAUUGCUUAAUAUUUUUAAUUUUUCUUGGUUUGUAAGCAAACCAUGAGGUUAUCUGUACAUUCAUUGGAAAGAGUUUCAUGUGAUUUAUUUUAGUUUUUUUUAUGAAGUUUACAGUUUUAUUGAAUUUAGAUAGUGUGUAUGUGUAUGUAUGUACAUAUUUUCAAAAAGAAUAUGAAGUACUUAAAUGGUUAUAGGAUAGGGACAAACUGUCUGACUGUUCAGUUAACUGUAGUUUAAACUCGUAAGCAAUAAAAUUGUAUAAUAUUCAUGGUCCUCAUUUAGACUCAUACAGCUCUGUUCCUAUAAGGUGUGAAUGUUCAAGAUGCCUCCUUGUUGUAUUACUCCUCCCCCAUUCCAGACUGACGUUAUAAACCAUAAGAUUCUUGAUUAUGUAUUACUCCACCCCUGUAAACCCAUAAUGCUUCCUUUAAGAGGUUGCAGGAUAACAGAGCACAAUAUGGUUUCAUAACUGGAUAAUUAAUGUGUAAAGAUGUAAUAAAAUUGUGGAUUUUCGUGCAGUUUGUCUGUAAAGAAAGGAAUUUCUUUGAAAGCUAAUCUUUAUGACGGCAGAUUAUAACUCUUAUCUUAGUCAGUUUCAUAAAUAUUAAUUACUAAAUUUGAUGUUUGUGUGUAAUGUCCUAAAUGUUUUGUUUACUAAGGAAUGUAUCUUUGUGAUUGUUACUCAGUUGUGGUUGUUCAUAAUAAAAUCUGUGCAGAAAAUACUAAA